AUGGAAGACUCCAUUCAACAAGGGCUUCGUAUUGCUGCUAGUUCCUCUUCUCCAAGUUUGGCAGAAAAUAACACUGGCACAAGUUCCACAAAUGCCAUUGUUAACACUUAUGUAUUAACUCUUUUUAAUUAUCAAAAUAACCAAGUUUACGUUUACAGUCCAAAAUCAAAUACUGAUGAAAAUAAGAGUGAUUACAGAAAAUGGAUUUUUUAUUAUGUUCCAGUCAUGUUACCACUAAAACAAGAUGAAAAUGAUACAAAGUGGAUAUGGGCAGUUAGAAAUGAAAUUCGAUUGAAAUUAAUAGUGAGUAAUAAAGAAAUUGAAGAAUUGGCAAGAGAAGCUAUUUCAAAUAAGUUCGAUAAUGAUAUUGUAAAAAACUAUUCGAAAUAUUGGGAUGUAGCACCAUUGAUGAUUGAUUCGUUAAUGGCUUACAUUUUACGUGCUGACUCAUCUCCAGUUGUUGGCGUUCAGCAAUAUCAUGCCAUUCAUCCAACAACACUAAUUAUGACAUUACGUUUUCAAUGUACUACGGAGAUAAUAGCCCAAGAAACUGUAGAAAAGAUCAUUGAUGGUGAUUAUGAAAUUGAAGUUGCUUUAUAUUUUGCUGAAUUCAAACAAGUAAAAAUGAAUCUUGCUUCAAUUACAGGUGAUCAAGUGAGAAGUGUCUUAAGUAAAACAAUUGCAGACGGUGGUGAUACAAAUUCACAAUAUAUCCAUCGAAAUCAAGCAGCACACUUUGUCGGUAAAUAUGUUACAAAUGUUAAGAAAAUGAUUUAUAUUGAAGAUGCAAGUUUGGAUACGUCUACAUUGACAGCUGGCUUAGAGGAUCAAUUCUUUUCUCUUUUUCAACAAGGUAUGGAGAAUUCAGAGACAACAGAGAUUGAGGCCGGUUUAUAUGGUCAAAUAUGGUCAUCAUCUGAUUUAAAUCCUAACAGAUUGACAACAGAAAUAGAGAAUCUCUUUACAAAAAAUGACUCAGAAACACAAAGACGAAAUGAUUCUAAUACAUAUUACAAUUUGAAUACCCAGUAUCUGAAAGAAUCAACAGCCAGCAAUGAGGCAAGUGCAAGUGUUAGUGGUAGUGGGUGGGGUUUUAGUGCAGCUAUAUCAGGUUCAACCUCAUCAUCUUCAUCUAAUUCAUUACAGAAUCAACUUGCUCAUACUACUCACGAUAUUUUUUCAAAAGAUGAUAUAGACAAACUGUUUACGGAACAGCAGGUUGAGUUGAAAUGGGAAGGUGAAAAAUUUAUACCUAAAAAGUUCAAAGUUUAUAAAUUAAUUGAUCUAACUAGUCAACUACAGGUAGCUAUUAUAGCGAAACAAUUCAGUGUGGAUAAAAAUCGUGGGGCUAUUAUUCGAACCAUAAAUACAUUGAAUACCUUGAGCGCACCUAUUCUAAAAAAUUCAACAAAAGAACCAAAGCCGACAAAGAUCUCCGCUGUAUUUCUGACGGGUACAAGGAAACAUCCAUAA